AAGACAGACAUCAAUCUCAAUGCUUGGUGGGAUACUGAAUUUUCUGACUCGGGCCUCUCCAAACAUUACUAAGCGCGGAUAACUUGCAUCUGAGCUGUUUGACGUGACAAAAGAUAGUAGCAUUCUUGUUACAUUACCUUGUAAUAGACUGUUUAAAAUGGCAAAGUCAAAAUAUGUGGGUUUUUUUUUUUUGUAGUGGUGGUGGUUGGGGGGUGUUGUUUACUUGUUUAUGUUUCUUAUCAAAGAUAAUAUUCUGGAGUUUGUCAAGAUCUAUCAUGUCCUUGGUUAUGCUUCACUCAUUUCUCACCUUGACCACUUAUGGGCCGGUGGCCAGCGAAGGUCUAAAGUGCAGUGCAUGUGUAUCAGGUGGCAUAGUAAUUCUUUCACCUUUGUUUGGGGUCAUAAUGGCAAUGAGAACCAAAGGGGGUGAUGAGGCUGUAUUUCAGUCUCUGCAUCAUGCUCGUGAACUUUAUAGAAAUAGGCUGCAAGAAAAUGCUGCUGCUGAUCAACUGGCUUGUUUGUUUGCCGAGUGUGCAAUUGCUGAGGCCCAGCCUUUAAAAAUUGAACCAUCAGUAACUAUAACCAAUGUGGGUGGGCCAUCAAUUUCUCCAGAUGCUCAUGGGACUUCUAUUCUGGCAGAAAGUGGCAGAAUGCAAGUGGUUCUGGAUGCAUUCUCAGAUGGGAGCAGCUUCAUUUGUUUACAAUGUGGGGGUCUUGUUAGUAACCAUCGCAAAGACGAGCACUAUGCCUAUUGGUGUUGCCAAACCUGAUGCCCAGUCUACACAAAUUGGAAGGACGGCGAAUGAUUAUACAACUCAAUACAAUUUAAUGCAGAGAAGAACUGAAAUUAUAAUAACCGAGUAGCUCAUCUGUUUCGGGUAGGAAGUGACAAUUAACUAAGGACCUGGAUUUUGCAAGCAGGGUUUACAGAUUUGAUGUGUUUUCCAGAAAAAGAUUAUUAAAGUGUGUGUAGAAUAAAAAUGUGUAUAGCAACAGGUCCCAUAUCUUGCCUUUUGAACCCAUGUGUAUCUUGCCUUCAGUUUGACGGUGCUGUUGACUGUGGGUAGGGCAAAACUUAUGCAUGUUUCUUUAAAUGUUGUAUCUUGAAUUCUUCAAUUAAAUUAAAUACAGUUUCGUUUGUGGAUUUUA